AUGAAGAUCACUGGUCUCCUUCACGCAUUCGUCAUCACAACAUUUUUCAUUCUCGCCGUUUAUUCUUCCGAUCCGCCGGAAUUCUCCCCCUCGCCGUCUCCCGCUCCAGAAUCAGGUUCAGACGACUCAUAUCCAGUCCCCUCCUCUUCCUCCCCUUCGCCUUAUGAUUCACCACUUGCGACUCCACCUUCAGAUCUCUCACCUUCUCCAUCAUUUGAUGAAUCGGCGCCAUCGUCCUUUUCGCCUUCUCCGUCUCCGUCUCCGUCACCGUCUGAAGCUAGUGACAUGGCCGCCGAUUUGAAGAGUCAAGAACCUAAAGAACCGUCGUCGGAAGGGAUGAGCGGAGGGAAGAAAGCGGGAGUUGCGUUCGGAGUGAUCGCCGCCGCUUGUUUCGUCGGAUUCGGAGGGAUUGUGUACAGGAAGCGGCAACAGAAUAUCCGGCGAGCACAGUACAGUUACGCGGCAAGAAUGGAUUUCAUCUAG